CUACUCUGCCGGCCGAUUUUGCCUACAGGUUCGGACGGCCAUGAAGUCGCUGCUGGUUCUGCUGUUCCUGUGUCCCGUCGUGUACCAGUGCCGCGCCGAGGGUCCCAAGUCGGCGUCGGCCCCUCCGCAGGGCACCUCGGCAUCCUUCCGGCAACAGCCGCAGCAGUCCCCGACGCAGUUCGCGGGCUACCCACUCAACUCCGUGUACGGCCUCACGUACCAGGGCAGCUACCCGCAGCUCGCCUCGUACCUGCAGAGGCCCAACGGUCGGCCCUCGCUGGGUUCCCGCCUCCGCAACUUCAUGAACUCGCUGUUCUUCCGGAGGAACCAGCAGGCGGGCGGCUUUUACUCGCCGCUGCCGGUGUUCAGCUACAAGCCGCCGGCCAACAAGCCGGACCUGGUGCAGUCCAAGCCGGUUCUGUACUCGGCGUCGACGGCCAACCACAAGAUCCACUUCCCGGGCUUCCAGGGCACCAAGAACUACAAGGACACGCUGACGGCGGCCAGCUCGUACGCGCUGCCGCACGCCUACCUGUCGGGAUACACCGGCAAGGUGUACAACAACCUGUACGGCACAAACGGUUCUCAUCUCAAGUCGUACGGGAGUAAGGGCUUCAACACGGGCUUCAAGGCCUAG